CUAAAUAGCGCCUGGAUACAGAGACUAAAUUAAGGAGAAUCGACGAAACUGAAUAUAUCCAUGACCCAAACACCGGCAUCUGUUUCGAUUUCCACAUCUUAUUUGGACAAAAUUUAGAUUGUAGAGUCACCAUGCCUCCCAAAGGAAAAGUUGGCACAAAGGGGCAGAAACAGAUUCUAGCAGAAAAUGCAGAGACCCUAAAUUACUACAGGAAUAUAAUGGUUGGAGCAUCACUGCUAUACAUUGUCAUCCGUCUUCUUUGGAAACUGGACACAUUUACAUGGUGGAACUGGCUGGUUCUCGCCUUUGCAACAGCAGUCUACUUUGGUUGUUACUACUUCAUGAGCAUGAUGGCCCAGCCAAAGUACUCAGAGACUGGGGCGUUACUUGAUGGAGGACUGGACCUGAACAUGCAGUCUGGCAUGGGAGAGCACAUUAAAGACAUUAUUCUUGUGACUGCGAUCGUACAAGUUUUAGGAAUCUUCUCAGAGUACUUUUGGCUAAUAUGGUUCGUGAUACCAGGAAGAGCGUUCUAUCUCCUCUGGGUCAACAUCUUGUCACCGUGGAUAUUUGCCCCGCCCCCAGAAGUAGAUGAAAAGAAACAGAAGAAAAUGGAAAGGAGACAAAAUAGGAGAUUUUAGUUUGCUAUUCCAAUUCAAUUUUAUAUUUUUAUUUUCGUUCUAGAUGGUAGUUAAUGUAGUGAAUGUAUUUAGUAAGACAAGAAUUCAAAGUAAGUGAUCUUGAAAGCAGAUCUCCUUGCUUUUCAUGUAACAUCUACAGCUAAUAGGUAAAUAGAAAAAUACAUAAUAUUCUAUUUGAUAAGCACCUUGAUCCUCUACAGAGUUCUUAUGUGAUCUCAGUAUAUUGCAUUAAAGCUAAAUGAUAGUUGCAGUUGCAGUAAAACUCUGAAUUCGUGGGAAAGUCUGUAAAAGCAAGGUUAAGUAUUACUAUAUCAUCGUGGAUCUAGAACUGGUACAGUUACAUAAACUGAACUUUGUGAAAUCAUAAAAUCUGAGCUAAAAAACGAUCACACUGAAGAUUGCAAACACAGAUAGGCACACGUG